AUGAUCGUGCCCGAGCACAUUUCAGUUACCGGGGAACCAUUAAAAAGUUUGGGUUUCGAGAAUCAAGACGUUCCCCAAAAAGAACGCCUCAUGCAGAUGAUGAAUGUACCGGAUCGAAUCGUUUUGAAGGGAGGCGAUAGUUACGAGGGUUUCGAUGCCCAACCAUCAGAACUUAUGGAUGAUCAUAUUAAUCACAUAAGCAAGGAUCAACUUCAAGAUUUGCCGCAUACGAUAACGCUAGCGGAAAGUCCUUACCUGGACCGAGGAGGAACUACUGAUGAGCCAGUGCGUAGUGAAAACUCUAUUGCUGUCGAGGAAAACCCUCUACAAGAGUUGAAGUUAAUGCGGCGACAGAUUGUUCCAGAAGGUGAUCAAAGUAAUUUAGGUCGAAUAUCGAGUAGGCUUUUCCAAUUAGAAUACGAACUGGAACAGCGUCGAUUUCGAGAUAAGAGUAUUAUUAUCCUUGGGACUAUUUUUGUCAUCAUGAGUGUCCCGGAUAUUGAACUGGAAGACUUCAACGAAACUUUUGACAACUGGCUGCUCGACACCGACGAUGGUGCUGCUGUUGGUUUAGAUGGCGACGAUAUGGCUCUUGCGGUUGUUCCUGACCUUAAAAUCACAGAUGACGACUAG